AUGGCAACGGCCGUCUCAACUCCCGCCUCCCACCCCCCCAAGAUGAAGCGGCCGCCCCCGCCUUUCGCUCAGGCCGGGGUCAACGGGGUCAAACCUCACCAGACCUCGUCCUCCCCUCCUACCACUUCGAAACGUCUUCCUGGAUCAGGUCAAUCAGCUGCUGCAGGUUCGACUAAUUUCUCGGUCUCGAAUGGCGUGAAUGGCGUGGUCAAUUCGACCAAUAUCACGAACAAGGGUCCCCUGAACCGGUCCAAGAAGGAUGCGCAAAAGUUGGGCGACCAGUCUAUGCGAUUACAAAGGCCGUCCGGGAGGACAACAGCAACGGAAAAUGAGGGUCGCAUAGGCAAAAAUUGUCCCGAGCCAUAUGUCAAAACAACCUCCCAUAUACUCAAAAAAUUCUCCAGAUCUCCUCCCUCUCUCAUCGUUCAUUUACAUCCGACUCAUUUCCGUUUUGAGCAACAAGAUGGAAGCUUUCCUUAUAACUCUGAGAUGAAGGUCAUCAUUGAACAUAUCCGCGCAGGAACUGUUCCCCAUGAUAUGAUAGAAGAGCUCCUGCGAGCCAAUGUUCGAUUUUAUGAAGGCUGCCUCAUUGUUCGUGUGGUCGAUCACAAGUCGGCAUCUGCGCAAGCUAGGAAAUCAACCGCUCCGUCGACGAACGAAAAUAAUACCCCAUUCUCCAUCCACAACUACAAUGAACAUGUCACUCCUUCAGCAUUUGUUCCGUAUCCGAAACAAAAUCAAUUGACUUCAGAGAAGCCGGUCACAAAAACUGAGUCGGACACUGGAAGCCAUUCCGAUGUUAAGACUAACGGGAACCCAUCUGGAUCCCAAGGUGGGAAAGAAGCCGAGUCGGCCGCUGCUACUCAGCAGAAGAACGCUGUAACAAAACCUCGAGUGUUCACAACCGUCCUCCAUCCUACUCCCCGUUCAUUGCAAGCGGAGUUGACUCUGCUGGCCACUACACCUGAUCCAAAAGCACCAAAACCAUUACCCCCGAACUCGACAUCUCCAGGCACAUCGGGAAAUCAACCUGACCGUGCACCGGCUCCAAAGAGGCAAAAAAUGCUGGUUGAACCGCAGGACUUGCCUCAUUGUGAAUCGAAACUGACCAGAGCGUUGGCACCACCUCUCUUCCUGGACCCCGUAGACAGUUUAGAGGCUGCACAAGAUCUACUGAAAUUUCUUGAAAGCCCACAGCAUCGCGAACCGCCACCAUCGCCGAAGAGAAGGAAGCGAACCGUGGCCGAACUUGCUGCCGAUGAGGCCUUGGCGGCCGAGGAAGAGAGAUUUAUGCUUAUUAUGGACGAGAGACUGGAGCCAACUACAUCAGGGGCUGCAGGAGCAUCGAAAUCUGCUGUUGUUGAUGAUGCAGGUGGCACGGCAUCCUUCGAGCCACGUUUCUCCCGAUUCAAGACACUUGAGAACAUUCGGAUGCAACAUGAAGAAAAGGCGAAACGGGAGCACGAAAUCAAGCUCAAGCAAGAAAUGGCCAAGCGGCAACAACAGGAGCAAGAGCGGGAGCGUCGCCGUGCACUGGAACAGCGGCAAGCCGAGGAGCAUGCCAAGGAAGAAACUCGCAGACAGCAGCUCGCUGCUCAACAGGCCCAGGCCCAGCUUGCAGCCGCCCAGCAGCAGAAUCGACAUGUCAUGGCUCAGGCGAAUGGUGUCAGUCAAGCGCCGCAGACUUCGCCGGUGGUUCGCAACCAGACUCCUCACAAUACCUCAUCUCCGCUGGUCGGAAAUACAAUGGUAACACAAGCGGGCGUUCCCAUGAGCAUAUCGUCUUCCGCCCAAGGAGCUGGCAGUCCUCCACGACCACCAUCUGCUUUACAGCACGCUCAUCCAAAUGUCAUGAGCCAUCCAAUGGCUCCCUCAAGGAGCCAACAAGGACCCAGUCGACACGGGACGCCCCAGAUGGGUCAAGGGACGACUCCAGCUAUGUCUCAUGCAACCCCAAUCAUGCGCAAUGUUACUCCUACGCAGAGAAUAAACCACGGAAGUCCGACCAAUUCCAUAACUCAAACACCUGCGAUGAAUCAACCUAUUAUGCCUCCACAGAUGGGCGGUGGCAUGGGCGGUCUUACACCUCAGCAACAGCAAUUAUUGCUGCAGCAAAGGCAGCAACAAAUAAUAGCGCAACAAAAUCUUGGCAACUCCCAAUUUACGCCUCAGCAGGUUGCUCAACUGCAGGCGAAUGUGCAUGCCCAACAAAAUAUUCAAUCACACCAGCAACAAAUGCUGCAAGCUCAGCAGCAGAACCAUCAAAACCAGCAGCAAAAGGCUCCGAACCAGCAGGUAUACCAGGCACAACUGAUGCGUGCACAGCUUGCGCAGAUGCAAAUGGCCCAGCAUCAGCAGCAACAGCAACAAACGCAAGGCCAAUCUCAGGGCCAGCAAAACCAGGUGCACCAGGGCAGUCCGCAAAUGACGCCUCAACAGCAGCAACAGCAGAUUUUGAUGGCAGCCGCACAAGCCAACGGGGGUCAUAUUCCCCAAAAUUUCCAAGGUGUCAACAUGGCGCAGCGAUACAAUCACCUCUACCAGCAGCGGUUACUUCGGUUACGGCAUGAAAUGGCCACCCGCUUCAUGGCCCAGUACGGAUCGCCUACUCAGUACCCACCGCAAAUUGCACAGCAGUACGGUAUCGGGCUCGAACGGAGCGCCAAAGCGUGGGUUCAAGAAAUCAUGCGACGGGAGCGAGAAGCCGCUCAACAGCAGCGUGCUUCCCAAGUUGCCCAAGUUCAAGCUCAAGUAAUGCAACAACAGCAGAACAUGAUGGGAAGAGGGAAUUAA